CAUCCAGUCGCUGAGUGAGGGAUACGAACGAAGUCGCAGGGCGAACUUCGUUUUGCACUGAGGUUGUUAGCUGCUUCAGUUGAGCCACUGUUUUUUUUUUUCUUCUUUGUUGAUUUAAUAUGAUUUGUAAACUUUCUUAAAGAGUCUACUGUAGAUGCAGAACACAGAGGGAACAAGCUUGCAAGCUGACUUAUUUCUGACACCACCAGAUCUGGUAUUUUCUUGUUCCUGAGGAAAUGUGGAUCUUUGCAGUUUUAACGUUACAUUUUGGCAGAAGUUGAAUGCCUUGACGAAACAAUACUGGCACAGUUUCUGCGAGUUUGUUGAGGAUUUAGCUACACGUGCACAAGUGAAACGUUAUUUUAGAACGUUAUUUUAAAGGGAAACGAGCUUGAUUGUGCAUUUCGUGUGCAACACAGCGAGGUUCUGCAAAGUGAAUUCCAAAACGUCUUGCACAACUCUGCGUGCUGUUUCAACAUGUCUCUGCCAAGAGGCACCGGAAAGAAGAAAAAGCCAGGACUCACGAUCCCAGAGGCGGUUUUCCAACCCACUCAGCCUGACCCAGUGCCCCCUCGUAAUUUGGACUCCAGGACCUUCAUCACCAUUGGAGACAAGAAUUUCGAGGUGCAGGCGGAUGACCUGGUAUCCCUGUCGGAGUUGGGCCGAGGAGCCUACGGAGUCGUGGAGCGGGUACGGCACGCACAGAGCGGAACCAUCAUGGCCGUCAAGAGGAUUAGAGCAACAGUCAACACUAAGGAGCAGAAGGGUCUGCUGAUGGAUUUGGACAUCUCCAUGCGGACAGUGGACUGCCCCUACACUGUCACCUUCUACGGGGCCCUGUUCCGGGAGGGCGACGUGUGGAUCUGCAUGGAACUGAUGGACACCUCUCUCGACAAGUUCUACAAAAAAGUAGUGGAGAAAGAGAAGCGGAUUCCGGAGGACAUCUUGGGGAAAAUGGCCGUCUCGAUUGUCAAAGCUCUGGAACAUUUACACAGUAAGCUGUCAGUGAUCCACAGAGAUGUGAAGCCCUCCAACGUUCUCAUUAACAAAGAGGGCCGCGUGAAGAUGUGUGACUUUGGGAUCAGUGGCUACCUGGUGGACUCUGUGGCGAAGACGCUGGACGCUGGCUGCAAGCCUUACAUGGCACCAGAGCGGAUCAAUCCAGAGCUGAAUCAGAGGGGUUACAACGUCAAGUCAGAUGUGUGGAGCCUGGGAAUCACACUGAUUGAGCUGGCCCUCCUGCACUUCCCGUACGAGUCCUGGGGCACGCCCUUUCAGCAGCUCAAACAGGUGGUGGAGGAGCCGUCCCCCCAGCUCCCCGCGGACCAGUUCUCCCCGGAGCUGGUGGAGUUCAGCACACACUGCCUGAAGAAGAAGGCUGAUGAGAGGCUGAGCUAUCUGGAGCUCAUGGAGCAGCCCUUUUUCAAGAUCCACGAAUCCAAGGAAACGGACGUAGCUUCUUUUGUGGGAGAGAUUCUCGCCGACGCUCAGAAGUGACUUCCCUCUACCUCCCUCCAGUCUCCAUUAGAGCGGCGAUGUUCCUGUUCCUCACGAGAUUCCCGAGACGGAACGGGGAGGUUCCACCCACGACAGACAACAUUCGGAAACAAUAUUUUUUUUCUCUUUUUUUUUCGUUUUUUUUUUGUAAGCGUGAAUACAAUUCGGUACACAGGGGGGCAAAUGAGAACUCUGACCUGUAUGAAAAUCACUAAUGUGUGAUUCAGCUUCUUCUUCUCAUGAAAAUGACAGAAAAAUAAAAGUUGUCCUUAGGAUUCCCAAAAGCAAUAACGGCGUUAAAGCAUACUGCGAACACACGUUAGGGUUCUUUGCCUUUAUUAUUUAUUUAUUUUUUUACCCUUAAUGCAUUGUGCCUGGCCUCCGCUUCCAUUCGCAAACUCUUCUGCUGUAAGCCUCUGUGAGCCGGCUUGAGUAAAUAUACCAGGCAAAGAUGGCGAUUAUUUUUAUCAUACAAGUACCAGGGGCUGACUUUCAAGUUGAAAAUAUCUCAGGAGUCCGGAAGAAAGCACUGUAUUGCGUCGUCGUGUUACAGUACGUGGGCCAGUCUCGAGGGAAUUUAAAUGUGAAAUUCUGCUGCUUAAAGUAGAAACUUUUUUUUUAACGGCACUGAUUGAACCGCGAGCGCGCGACGUGGUCGAUAUCUAUCGAGCGGGAGGGAGGCGCGCUCCUCCCGGCCCGUUCAGUGACGCGGUCGCUGACUCGGCACUUUCUUCUGGAGGUCUCGUGCGUGUGCGCGGUUGUCCGCAGUUUUGGCUCGCUGCAGCCUCUCCGCUAUGCACAAGCCCGUCUGCCUUAAAGCCCUGGCUACCAGCAAGGCUCGCCGGGGCACGCGGCUUCCUUUCCGCUCACCGCUGUCUCUGCGUUUACUGAGAUUCGGUUGUGCGACAUUUCCUCGAACGUGGGGGCGCGAGCGCGCUCAGUAGGGGGGGGGCGUGCGCUGCUUUUCUGUCGUUGUGAGUACCAGGGGUGCGUCUCAUUAAAGGCUGUCUUUCACUGGCGCGUAGCUAGGGGCUACCAUACCUCUCCCAGUGCAAGUUCUGUGGCUGGGCUUAUUCACCAAAGCUGUUCCUCUUUGAACAUUCCGCCCCCACCCCACACACACACACACACACACACACACACACACACACACACACACACACACACACACACACACACACACACACACAGUGACGAGUGUGUAGCUUCUCUCUCUCUCCGCUCUCUCUGCCCUCUCUCCUCCUUCCGUGCCGAUGACCUGCUCCUGUGAGGAGGCCCAUGAGACCAGGGACAUUUGGGAUUCGGGUUGGGGAUCUGUCAUUGGGGAUGAAUGUUUAGGUUGUGGGAGGGGGGCCGAAAUAGAAUAUACCUUAUGUGUGGCUGUUGUGAAGAUGCCUUUUUAAUUAGGUUCAGUACUUCUAUGUAAAAAAGGAAGUUGCCAAAUAAAUGGUUUUGAUGGAUUUGUCCAGAA